AUGGAGCGCCCACGGCGGCCGCGGUUGGUGCUGCACUUCGACGUCAACGGCACCGUCUUCGUGGCAGGCCCAGCGUCGGGCGUCGGAGUGGCACAGGCCCAUGUCGGCAACAUCCAUCUGGCGGGCGCCGCCUGGGGCUCCCUGGCGGGCGGGGAACGGGAGUGGUCCGAGGCGACGCUCGCAGGGAAGCUCACCAGCAGGUGCCCCGAGGAGGGGCAGGCCGCGCUGGGGCGCUUCGUUGAGUCCCCAGAUGGCGCUGUGGUGGGAGACGCGUUCGGCCGCAUCAUGGGGGCCAUGGAGUGCGACGGCGUUCGGGCGCCGCCGUUCGCGAGGAGGGAGGGCCGGGACUUGGCCGUCGUCCUCCGGACGUACGGGGCCGACGGCCCCAACGUGUCCGAGGCGAUCGGCGCCUUCACAGACGGGAGGCGCCCGAUGUUCCCUGAAGGCUGCCCGGCGGCGCGGCCCGCAGAGCGGCCAUGCGCAGCCCUCGGGCGCGCGGGUGAUGGACUGCGCUUGGCUUUCGAGGUCGACGGGCAGGAGGACGCCAAGGGCUCGCGGAGCAGGACUCGGUUCGCAGCGACGUGCCAGGACGCUUUCCUUGGCCUGAGCCGCCUGGGGGGCACCCUGACCAUGCGAGAAGAUGACGAGUUCUGGACGGCCGGCGGCUUCAGCACCAGCUGCGGCCAGCGGGCGGCCGAGAGGCUGGGCUGCAUCGUGCCGGUGGCGCCGGAGCGCAUUAUCCUGGAGCCGGACGGCUUCGUCAGGGCGGUGAUCGGGCACGCCCGGUUCCGGCGCGUCCACGCCGCGUGCGUGACCACCUUCGUGCACCCGUACCUGCCGCGCCGGCUGCCUGCCCUGCUGGCUGCGGCGGGGCUGCCCCUCGGCAGGGUGGAGACCGUCGCCAUGAUCGCCGCCGGCCACGCCGAAGACACCUUCGCGGCGCGCGCCCUGCCCAUCCGGGCGUCGGCCGGCCCAGUGGCCCUCCCCGUCGGCGUCCUCGCCCGCCGGCCGCUGUUCUGCGGCUCCUCGAGCUCGCCGCCGUGCUCCUGCCCCCCCCCCUCCUCCUCUCGAUCGAGAGCUUUUUGGGUUGCUCUCUCUCUCUCUCUCUCGUCUUGUUUCUUCUAUUUUCUCCCUGGGUUCAGGUCCUGGGGGGGCAAGUGGGCCCACUGUGCGGACGCCCUGGGCCGUGGCUCUCAUCGGAGAGCCUCGCCCCCUCGGCAGCUUCUCGUGUGCGGGCACUUCCGUGGACAGCCGCUCCGAUCCGAUCCUCCUCUCGACGCGGAAGAAGCGGGGUGA